CUAUCUUAAAUUGUUUAUGGGUAAUUUAUGGUAUGUUUUAUGAUAAUGUUUAUAAAGAAAAAGGUCCGGUUUUACUUCAUAUAAAUACAGAGACCAGGAUUAGCUCAUCAUCAUUCAGUUCGUCUGAAAGAACCAGUAACCAUGUACAAGCUGAUUAUUAUUUCCGCUGUUCUGGCCCUGGCCGCCGCCAAGCCCGAAAUCAUUACUCCCUUGGGCUACACCCCUGCUCUGGCAGUCCAUGAGCCAGUUCCAGUAGCCCAUGCGCUCCCAGUGGCCGCUCCUGCUGUACCAAUCGCCACUCCAACUCUGAGAUACGCCGCUGCGGCUCCCGCUAUUGCUGCCCCAUUGGCCUACCCUGCCCCCGCCUUGCCUUACUCCCCCGUGGCCUGGACCGGCUAUGCCGCCGCUCCUGCCCCACUACCUUACGCAUACAACUUCGGAUAUGACUACCCUUCCUAUUACUGGAAGAAACGUUAAGAGCAGAGAUCGUAACAUAAAAUUCUAAUUAAAGUCACAUCCAGAAAUGUCAACCAUAAUAUUACAAUUCAUUGUCAAAUAACCAAUAAACAUUAUUUUAUCGCUAUAA